AUGGAGCGCAGAGUUCCAGAAAGAAAGAUUAAUAUGCACGACGUUAUGCAAGAGAAGGACCGUUUUCUUCGAUGCUCAUUUUGCUUCGCUAAAGGAUUGCAUUAUAGCGACAGUUGUCCGGAAGUACCCACCGUAAAAGGUAGACUGAAGCGCAUCCGUUGUGAGCAUUGUUUGGAUAUUAGACAUGAAACCGUUCACUGUUGGAGAACCAGAAGGGAGUGCAUGUAUUGUUCUUCCACGGAUCACAACAAGGCCAUAUGCACACUCCCUGAGCGCAUCUACGAAUAUUACAGAGAGAUUGAGGAAAUCGAGCAAGAACUGGAGACAAACAAGGACUAUUACUAUAAAGCCCGAUCUGGACCAUCCCCAAGGGAGGAGUAUCACGACGGUGAUCAUUGA